UAUCGGGUCGAAUUCAGCCCAGGAAGCAACGUCAGAGGAGUCACACGAGCUACUCUCCAUAUCAACUCCGUCAUCAACACCGCCUUCUGGGACGACACCAGAGUUCUCAAUAAUCACAACCGUACGGCGAUUCUCACUACGGAGGGACCCGUCGACAACCAAAUAGAUAUCGAACAACCUGAAUAA